CAUCCCAGCCCUCUCCCCAUCCCGGCCCUGCCUCCAUCCCCCUCCGCUCUCCGUUCCCCGCUCCCCUGUGCGGCGGGCGGGCAGUGGUUCAGCCCUGCCCGCAGCGCCCGCCGCUCCGGGGACGCCGCUGGAAGGGGAAGGCGGCGGCUGCGGGGACUGCGGGGGGCUGCGGGGGCUGCGGGGGCUGCGGGGGCUGCGGCGGCCGCGUCCAGCCCCGACACCGCCCGGGAGAAGGGCUGGAAGGGACCCCAGCUCGGUCGCGACCCGUGCCGCGGGGCAGCAGGAGCCAUGACCCAGGGGAAGCUCUCCGUGAACAACAAACCCCCCAGCUCUGAGGGGCAGGGGGACAAGAAGGACAAUGCCACGGCCCCCCCGGCUCCUCCGUCCUACGAGGAGGCGACAGCGGGAGAAGGGAUGAAAACCGGGGCUUUUCCUGCCCCGCCCGCGGCCCCGCUGCACCCCAGCUGGGCUUACGUGGAUCCCAGCUCCAGCCCGAGCUACGGCAGCGGGGGGUACCCGGGGGACACGGAGCUGCUCACCACCUUCAGCUGGGACGACCGCAACGUGCGCAGGGUGUUCAUCAGGAAGGUUUACGCCAUCCUGAUGGUCCAGCUCCUGGUCACCGUUGUCAUCGUGGCUUUCUUCACCUUCUGUGAACCCGUCAAGGGCUACAUCCAGACCCACUCUGCCUGGUACUGGGCUUCCUACGCCGUUUUCUUCGUCACCUACCUGAUCCUCGCCUGCUGCUCCGGGCCCAGGAGAUACUUCCCAUGGAAUCUGAUCCUGCUCAGCAUCUUUACCCUGUCCAUGGCCUAUCUCACUGCCAUGCUCUCCAGUUACUACAACACCAAGUCGGUGCUGCUGUGCCUGGGGAUCACGGCCCUGGUGUGUCUGUCUGUCACCAUCUUCAGCUUCCAGAGCAAGUUCGACUUCACCUCGUACCAGGGCGUUCUCUUCGUGCUGCUCAUGGUGCUGUUCCUGGGGGGGCUGGUCCUGGCUGUCAUCCUGCCCUACCAAUACGUCCCGUGGCUCCACGCGAUCUAUGCUCUGCUCGGGGCUGGGAUCUUCACCAUGUUCCUGGCCCUGGACACGCAGAUGCUGAUGGGGAACCGCCGGUACUCACUGAGCCCCGAGGAAUACAUCUUUGGAGCCCUCAACAUCUACCUGGACAUCAUCUACAUCUUCUCCUUCUUCCUGCAGUUCUUUGGCUCCAGCCAGGAGUGAGGGCAGCGGGGCAGGAUGCUCCCUGUGCUGGCAAAUGUGAGGGGUUAAAUUGAAAAGCAGAGGUGAAAGGGUUCAAA